CGGCCGCCCUAGAGCCAGGGCCCCAGGCGGGGGGCUCGCCGGCGCGGGAUGGCGGAUUUCGAUGAAAUCUACGAGGAGGAGGAGGACGAGGAGCGGGCCCUGGAGGAACAGCUGCUCAAGUACUCGCCCGACCCGGUGGUGGUCCGCGGCUCCGGUCACGUCACCGUAUUUGGACUGAGCAACAAAUUUGAAUCAGAAUUCCCUUCUUCAUUAACUGGAAAAGUAGCGCCUGAAGAAUUUAAAGCCAGCAUCAACAGAGUUAACAGCUGUCUUAGGAAGAACCUCCCUGUUAACGUGCGGUGGCUGCUUUGUGGCUGCCUGUGCUGCUGCUGCACAUUGGGGUGCAGUAUGUGGCCAGUUAUUUGCCUCAGUAAAAGAACACGAAGAUCGAUUGAGAAGUUAUUAGAAUGGGAAAACAAUAGGUUAUACCACAAGCUGUGCUUGCACUGGAGACUGAGCAAAAGGAAAUGUGAAACGAACAACAUGAUGGAAUAUGUCAUCCUCAUAGAAUUUUUACCAAAGACACCAAUUUUUCGACCAGAUUAGCAUUUGCUUUAUUUAUAGAGACUUUCCAAGUGUGUUGUCUUUCCAAUGGUGCCUUGCUUGGUGCUCUCCUGCUGGUGAAAUGAUGCUGGUUCUACAGAAUCGGGUGGUGUUUUUGUUUGUUCUGUUUUUUAAAUAACCGCAUGUUCUAUGUGUGCAUAGUUGUCAAACUUUGCAAGUUAUUUCAUACAGAUGUUUAAUACUUAAGUUAUUGUGCUCUUUUCUGUUAUAUAUUCUGAUUUUCAAGGAUUACUUUUUGUAUUCUCAAAAAAAAAAUACAUUUGAACUUAGCAUAAAAAUGGCCAGCCUUUGUUAUUUUGUCAACAAGUUUCACAUACAUAGUUCUUUGUCAAUUCCUUAAUAUAGAAAAACAUAUUAUUAUCUGUUAUAACAUGCUCAUGUACUUUUUUUUUCUUCCCUUUAGAAUUUGCCACAAUAGUUAUUUGAAAACUAAGUUUUCUCACAUAGUCUUUGGGCCCUGAGCUGACCUUUCCCAGGAACCCCGCAGUUCCUGAUGUGAUGUCUCAGUAGAUACAACUUAGCCUUAUGAAGAACUGGCUGCCCUUUUGAAAAUACCUGUCUUCAAAAGUGGUUAAUUUCUCUAGAGUAAGAUACAUCACAAUGGUGUGCACGAACCUACAGUCCGCUAGAGUUCAGCCUCAGCGUAGAGUGGCAUCAGUUUCCCGAGUACCAGUGGGCAGGGCAGUGAGGAAGCUGUGCUCCAGUUACUGCUGUUGUUCUGCAGAUCUUACCUACAGGAGUAGAGAAUUGUCCUUUUUAAAAUUCGAAGUUAAACAUGUUUCCCAAUCUAACAUAAUUGUAGAACAGAUAUGUUUCUGAAUACUUUGGAAAGGAAACAAAGUUCUAGAAUUAAAAAUCAUCUGAUAUUUGAGACGCCACUGGUAUAUGGAUAUAGAGCAGAUCGUUACUAAGAAACGGAGGGCACUUUAGCACUAUUUCCAGUCUCCCAUUCACUUUCAAUCUAGUUAUGUGCUGUUUUGAUUGAUCAGGUUAGCAUGUUGAUUUACAUGUGCACAUACAUGUAUUUUUCCUAUCUGGUUGUACAUAGCUCCACACUGUAUGUUUCUGAGUGGCCUAUGUGUAGACUUUGGUUUUUAUAAGCCUAAAAUUACACACAUUUUAAUGUGUGUCAAGAACUCGUUCCAUACAGUUGUGGUAUAGAGCAAUAAUGUGAAUAACAUUUGAAAUUAUAUAAACUAUGCUUAAUAAUUUGUAAAAGAAUUGGUACUCCCCCUUGUAUUAAACCUUUUAAAUACCAA